UCCCCUCUCUCUCUCUCUCCCUCACGCUCUCUCACGCUCUCUCGUUCCCCAGCCGUCGCUCUGCUUCAGAAGGGAAUAUGCAGGGAGAUUCUCGAGUUUGCUGAAAGAGACGUGAGAGGUAGGGAUAAUAGUAGUAGUAAUAACUAUAGCAAAAAAACAAACAAAAACAAAACUACAAUAAUAAUUAUAAUAAUGAUAAUAACAACGAUAACAACCAAUAAGAAUACAUACGAAUGCGAAUACUAAUACUUAUACUAAAACUAAUACUAAUAAUAAUAACAGUAACAAUAAUAUCACUUAACAAAAGUUCAAAAAAGAGGGAUAAAUACAGAUUUGUGUAUACGUAUAUAUCCAUUUCCUGACAUAGAGGUGUACAGUGCUCGAGCCUAUGUUGAUAAUGAACAAACUAGCCAAUGAUAUCACAGUGUUAACCCUUAACCGGCUAAUGUGAACUAAGAAAUAGCUCAAACUAAGAAAAAACAGCUUAACAAACAAGAAAAAAGAAGGAAACAAACACAACAACAACAGCAACGAAAGAAAUAUUUCUUUUCCACGAGGAGUUCUUUAAAACUGAAAAAAAGCUAUGGUAUCCCCCUCAAGCAACAUGACCCUCGCAACCGACGUGGCAGAAGGCUCCCGACCAGCCACAGAGGAGGCGCUACCAGGGGCAGGGGGCAUGGUAGCAGAAGCGGCAGGGGAGUUACUUCGUUACAUCGCCGAUAAUGGUACCACAGCUGGCUCCUUCCCUGCCACAGCUUCCAUGAACAGAACUCUAGGGGAUAAAUUUGACUCCAGGUUACAGUGGUAUGAAGACUAUAUAGUGGGGACGCUGCUUGUUACUGUCGGCGUGCUCUCCAUUCUGGGCAACGGGUCGAGCGUCGUCAUGUUCUGGCGGAGGCUGCGCUAUCUCACUCCGGCCGAGAUGCUGCUCCUCAACAUGGCCGUCAUACACUUGUUUCUAGCCGUCGCCUCUUACCCUGCGGCUAUGGCAGCCUCCUUCUCUCACCGCUGGCUCUUCGGCGAUCUGGGCUGUGCGAUGUACGGCUUUACGUGUUAUUUUGUCGGCAUUGCAACGAUCACUUCCCUCUUGGCUCUGGCUGUCGUGCGCUACAUGAAGACCUGUAUGCACUCGUACGGUCGAUCCCUGAGUACGGAUCACAUCAAAAUCAUUCUUAUCGGGAUCUACAUCUAUUCCCUCUUCUGGGCUCUCCUUCCCCUCACCUCCAUCGGCAGCUAUGAGGUGGAACCCUUUGGAACCUCGUGCACCCUGAAUUGGGCUGACCCUUCCAAUGCGGGUCGUCUGUACAUCAUAGCCGCUGUGCUCCUAGCUGUGAUCAUUCCCUGCUUGGUGAUCAUAUGGUGUUACGUCAAAAUCUUCCUGCUGGUGAGGAGGAACCAGAAGAAGAAGAUGAUGCUCGGGAAGAGAACUGGGACGAGUCAGCCAUCGCAGUUACAGAUGUCCUUGGGUAUCUUUGAGAUAGCGGCCUGGAUCAGCUGCAGCGUUUUCUGGCUACAAAAAAUCAUGUCAGAAGUGCUGCGAUCUUUACGAAAACUAAGAGAAGUGAGUGACAAGUUCAUAGAGUUUAGAUAUGAUGACGGCUCCUCCAUAUUUGGAGAGUUCACCUGGCAAUCUAUCCGGACAUGGCGCGGUAUUCACGAGAGUGGAUCAGUUGUGUCGUGGUUAGUGUGCCUGGGAUUUAUCUUGGCGUGGAUUCCUUACGCCGUCGUCUCCAUCUACUACGGGCUGGGAGGCCAUCCUGCGCCCCCCUACGUGGCCAUUAUUCCUGUCCUUCUAGCCAAGUCUUCCUGUGCCUACAACCCCAUUAUUUACAUCUUCGUCACGCCCAGAUACAGGUGA